UCGAUCGCGUGCCGAGAACCACCGACCGACACGCGGAUGGUACCGCCGCCGACGACAACCCUGCCACCGUCACUGCCAUGACGAGAGGAUGCAGGAUUCCACCCUACCUCGCCACUCUACUCAUCCUCUCUUACACGCUCUUCGGCAUAGCAGACGCCUGUUCGUCGCGGUCGACGCCGAAGCCACGACCGCCGACGCCGACGCCUCGACCGAACAUCACAUUCCACAUGUACACGUGUCCACCGGAUUAUGCGGAAUGGUACUGCCUGAACGGUGCCACAUGUUUCACUGUCAAAAUCGUCGAUUCCCUCCUGUACAAUUGCUUAUGCGCGAACGGCUACAUCGGGCAGAGAUGCGAGUUUAAGGAUUUAGAUGGUUCCUAUUUGCCUUCCCGGCAGCGUGUAAUGUUGGAGACGGCCAGCAUCGCUGGCGGUGCCACGAUAGCAGUAUUCCUCGUCGUUAUCAUUUGCAUAGCGGCUUACAUCCACUGUAAGCGAAAGCAAAAGGAAUUGCGGUCGAGCAAUUGCGUCGACACGGUGGAUGGUCCUGGCCGAGAUCCGGAGCUGAGGCCGUUUAGCAACCGCAGCCGCUCCCUCAUGAUCUUCAUGACGAAGAAUCCUAAUAGCCUGGCGGCGAUAGAGCAAACGAGAAUGCCCGGAUGGAGCAGCCCGGACGCCGCGGAGUCGAUGAGAAUGGCGUCGAUCAGCGAGGGCAAGCGUUCGACGCAGUAGGGAAACGCCGAUCCGGUGCCUGAGCCUCGACGACACGGAGCCGGGGUUCGUCUUCGGGCGUGCGAGCGGUCGUCAACGGUGUCGAGGCGAGAAAAACGGGAGCCGAGUACCUCGCCCGUUCUCCAAGCUUUCUGUCUCCGUCCAUGGGCCACGGUUUCGCCGCGGAAAGCGCGAAAGUUCCCCCCUCGACUCCUCGAGCGAACGAACGAACAAUUCGCCACGAUAACGCUCUUUCACGACGACUGGCCCGUCACGAGGAUCGACCUAGCAUCCGAGGAUCCCUGAAGAGAGAGAGAGAGGAAGAGAGGAAGAGAGGGAGAGAGAUCGCCUCGAAGACGCCAGGACCACGGACCAGCUGGCGGAGAAAGAAAGAAAGAAGACUCGAAGAGGAAUCCAGACGCGAGGAAAAUCCGGCCGCGGAAAUCACGUAGG